AUGGUGAUGGCCAGCGCCGGCGUCAACAACAUGCCCCAGGGGGACUCCGAGGAAGGUCGCCUGCGCAGGCGAGCCCGCCUCCACGCGCGCCGCUACGCCCACCAAGCCUCCUCCGCCCCGGCCCCCGGCCCCGCCGAGGAAGGGGAAGUAGUGCAGUCCCCGCCGCCCUCCUCCGACUCCUCCUCCGAGUCCGCGCCGUCCUCGCAGAGCGCUGCCGAGGAGGGCUCUGACGCGGUUGUCGCGGCGGCGCCCCAGCAGCUGCCCUCCUCCAAGGAGAAGGAGAAGAGAUGGCCCGUGUCGUUCGGGUCGGUGGCGCUGGCGGGGCGGCUGCGGGAGAUGGAGGACACGGUGUCGCUGCACCCUAGCUUCUGCGCCUGGGCCGACGGCUCGCCCAUGCACCUCUUCGCCGUCUUCGACGGACACGGCGGCCCCCACGCCGCGGCGCUGUGCAGGGAGCAGAUGCACGUCAUCCUCGCGGAGGAGAUGGCCGGCGCCGCGGCAGCCUUCAACAACCGGCAGCAGUCGGAGGAGCAACCGGCGGAGGCGUCGGCGUCGUCGGAGCAAGUGGCGUGGCGUGGCGCUCUCUCCAGGAGCUUCGCCCGGGCGGACGCGCUGGCGGUGUCGGCGUGCGCGUGCGGGCGCGGGAGUACAUUGAGUGUGCCCAAGUCGUGCUCCUGCCUGCAGUCGGCGGCGCAGAAGGGCGCCAUCGUGGGGUCGACGGCCGUGGUGGCGCUGCUGGUCCGCGACCGGCUCAUCGUGGCCAACUGCGGCGACUCACGGGCCGUGCUGUCCCGGGGCGGCGUCGCCGUGCCGCUCUCCCACGACCACAAGCCUGACCGGCCGGACGAGAUGGCGCGGAUCAAGGCGGCCGGCGGCAAGGUCAUGUACAUGAACGGGGCGCGCGUCCGCGGCAUCCUCGCCAUGUCCCGAGCGCUAGGGCACAGGCUCCUGAAGCCAGAAGUGAUAUGCGAGCCAGAGAUCAGCAUAACGGAAAGGUGCGAGGACGACGACUGCCUGAUCCUCGCGAGCGACGGGCUGUGGGACGUGAUCUCCAACAAGGUGGCCUGCGACGUGGCCAGGCAAUGCCUGGAAGACGGGAGCCCGACCAGAGCUCCUGCUGCAGCUGGGAGCAGCGAAGCCGCUCCCAGCAGCGGCGGCGCCGCGCCGGUGGUUUCGCAGGAGGAAGAGCCCCGGUGCUUCCGCGCGGCGGCACUCCUCGCGAGGCUGGCCCUCGGGAGGGAGAGCUCCGAUAACAUUAGCGUGGUGGUGGUUGAUCUGAAGGCGAGGAGUUAA